UUGUUUAUUGCUCAAUUUUAGUCUUAACUCUGAACUAUCAACUCGAGCUCAUCGGCCCUCCAAGACUCAACUUCUCAGCGCUGCUAUUGGUCUAUAUAUAUUACUUCAGAUCUCCAGUCUCUCGUUAGUCGUGGAAGGAAAGCUCCAGCUUACAGAUUGUUCUAAUGGCGGGGUUCUUGUCGUUCAUCAGACGCCUUUACUUUAGUGCUUACAACUGGGCUGUUUGUUUUGGCUGGUGUCAAGUUUUGUAUUUUGCCUUGAAAACUUUGAGGGAAUCCGGCUAUGAACAUGUCUACGACGCAGUUGAAAGACCACUUCAGCUCGCUCAAACGGCGGCCAUUUUGGAGAUUAUUCAUGGGCUCCUAGGGUUGGUGAGAUCUCCAAUUACCGCAACAUUGCCGCAGAUUGGUUCGAGAUUGUAUUUGACUUGGGCUAUCUUAUAUAGUUUUCCCGAGACUCGGACGCAUAUGCUUGUUAGUUCUCUGGUCAUCAGCUGGUCUGUCACAGAGAUUAUUCGAUAUUCUUUCUUUGGCAUGAAGGAAGCGUUUGGCUUUACACCUUACUGGCUUUUGUGGCUCAGGUACAGCACCUUUCUGAUAUUGUACCCAACUGGAAUUUCCAGUGAAGUGGGUCUAAUAUAUAUUGCUCUGCCAUAUAUCAAGGGAUCUGAAAAGUAUUGCAUAAGGAUGCCAAACAAAUGGAACUUCUCUUUUGAUAACUUCUAUGCAGCAAUUGUUACCCUUGGAAUCUAUGUCCCAGGCAGCCCACACAUGUACCAGCAUAUGCUUGGGCAGAGGAAGAAAGCUCUCUCCAAAUCUAAGAGGGAGUAGUCACCUAAUAGGACUCUUUUCUUCUUUUUUCCCCCUCUUCUUCCCACUGCCACUCCAAGUUUCUUUUGUUAAUCAGAACAUCUUCUCUAAUGGUUUACUAGUAUGGAUUCAUUUUGGUAUUAAUUGCCCCAAUCUAGCCUUCUCUGUCUGGACUAAAUUAGCAUAUUACAUUAUUACUUGCCUAUUUUUCUACAGUGAUGCCUAAAAUCCUACAAGACCUUCAUACUGAUGGUUGUGUCACCAUA